AUGAAAUUGAUUCUAUGCUCAGUAACUUUCUUAACUAUACUUCAACUUAUUUUUGCACAACACAAACAGUCAUGUCACAGUCCGGUUUACUGCCAAGGAGAUCUUCUUCACGUAGUGCAAACUGCAAAAAUAUUCAACGAUUCAAAAACAUUCGUGGAUAUGGUAAUGAUUAAUCCUGUUAACGAAACUCUACAGAAAUUCCAAACUAUGAUGAAUGAAAACGAUGACAAUCCAUCUAGGGAUCAGAUAAAAAAAUUCGUUUUCGAAAAUUUCAAGUCUAUCGGCGAAUUGGAAGAAUGGUUUCCAAGAGAUUUUAAAAAAGAACCGAAAAUCAUUAAAGAAAUUCAGGAUCCAGUGAUACGUGUGUUCGCACAAAAUAUUAUUAAUAUAUGGCCAACUUUAACGAGGAAAGUUUCGUAUCAUGUUUUCGAUCAUCCAGAAACUCACUCGUUGAUCCCAGUUGAGCAUCCUUUCAUUAUCCCAGGCGGAAGGUUCAAAGAAUACUAUUAUUGGGAUUCAUAUUGGAUCUUGAAAGGACUACUCCUUAGUGAUAUGUUGGAAACAGCGAAGGGCUUAGUUCAAAACUUACUCUCUAUGGUUGAAAGGUUUGGUUUUAUACCCAAUGGGGGUAGAAUAUAUUAUUUGAAUAGAUCCCAACCACCACUUUUAAGCCUUAUGGUAGCCGAUUACGUAAAAUUUUCUAAAGACUUUGAGUUCAUUAGACAAAAUAUAAACACUCUAGACAAAGAAAUACAGUUUUGGUUAAAUAAAAGACUCGCUAAGAUAACCAAAGACGGAAAACAGUACGAACUAGCUCAUUACGAUUCAGAAAGUGAUACUCCCAGACCCGAAUCAUAUUUAGAAGAUAUUGAAACUUGCUUACUAUUGAAAUCUGAAGAAGAAAGGUAUGAAUGUUACACGGAUUUAAAAGGAGGCGCUGAAAGCGGUUGGGACUUCAGUAGCCGAUGGCUUUUUGACAAAAAAGGUUACCCAACGGGAAAUCUAACUUAUAUUAAUACAAGAAGGAACAUCCCUGCAGAUUUGAAUGCAUUUCUCUACAAAGCGUUCAAUGUAAUGUACAAAUUCAAUCUUAUAUUGCAAAAUGACCAAAUGGCGAAAUUUUAUCUUGAUUGCAUGGAACGUUGGAAAUUAGCUAUAGAAAAUAUUCUCUGGAAUGAGGAAGAUGGCACUUGGUACGACUAUGACUUGAAGCUUGAAAAACAACGAAAAUAUUAUUUCGCAAGCAAUUUAACCCCUCUCUGGGCAGGGGCGUUCGAUGAAAGUCAAAGAUUGGAGAAAGGUCGAAGAUCAGUGAAAUAUUUAAAGAAAAUGGGAAUUGAUCAAUACCGAGGAGGUAUUCCUACAUCACUCUUUCCCACUGGUCAACAAUGGGACUUUCCAAACGCUUGGUCACCUUACCAAAAUUUAAUUAUUAUAGGUUUGGCUAAAAGUGGAGAUCCUGAAGCACAAGAAUUAGCUGAACACUUGGCUCAUAUAUGGGUUAACUCAAACAUUAAAGCUUUUCACGAAAACAAAGUUAUGUUUGAAAAAUACAGCGCAGAAAGUAGCGGUCAUUUUGGUGGAGGUGGUGAAUAUCAUAUUCAAGCGGGUUUUGGUUGGAGUAACGGUUGUAUUUUGGAACUCAUACAUCUCUACUUUAGAGCUAAGACAAGAAAAUAUAUUGGGUUCCAAUAGAGCAUAAAAAACAUCAUAAAAUAAUUUUUUCGCAACCUCAUAUAGAAUAAUAUAUGAAAAUAUUUUGCGUUCAAUUAUUUUGACUUAAAAUUAA